GCUUACAAAGGUAUAUAUAAGACGAAACCCUAAAAUCUAUAGAGCCUCCCAACGACGGGCCUUUGUUCCGCUCCAUCGAAAUCGGCCUUUCAUACUAGGGAUUUGAAUCAUAACUAAACAGCAGCUGCUGCUGCUCCCUGCUGGGUACAGAGAGCUCAUCAGCUAUAAAUGGAGGAGCACACCUCACCUGUUCUUCCACAGCUGCAUCGGCAACUUGGAAUUGCGCACAAGUGCACAAGACUGCAAGAUUUUCCCUGGGUUCUUUGAAAGUGUUUGUGGUGUCAAGAAUGGCGAACGUGAGUGUUCCGAAGCCGGCGAAGCGCCUGUCGCGCAAGAGGAGCUUCAGGCUCGGCCUGCCGCUGCUCUGCGGGCAGUCCGACGUGGCGAGCCCAGGCGGCGGUGGCGGCGGCGGCGGCGGUGCCCGUUCGUCGUCGGGGAGAAGGCAGGGCGAGCUGCACAGAAUCUUCCAGCAUUUCGACAGGGACAACGACGGCAAGAUCUCCGGCGCCGAGCUGAGCGCGUUCUUCGCGUCCAUGGGCGACGAAAUGCCUGUGCCGUCGUCGGGCCGCGGCGGCGGCGGCGGCGGCGGCUACAUGCUCGACUUCGCCGGCUUCGUGGCGCUGAUGGAGAGAGGAGGGGGCAGCGAAGAAGAGGACCUGAGGGGCGCGUUCGAGGUGUUCAAUGCCGUCGAGUCCGCCGGGAGGAUCACGGCCAGGGGCCUGCAGAGGGUGCUCGCCCAGCUCGGCGACGAGCGGUCGGUCGCCGACUGCGAGGCCAUGAUUAGGGCCUACGACGUCGACGGCGACGGCGGCCUCGACUUCCAUGAGUUCCAGAGGAUGAUGAGUUAGCAAAAGGCCUGAGCUUGGAGCUGCUACAGUGAGAAAUUGUAGGUUGUUGAUAAGUCUGCAUCCAGAUGACACAUUGCAGAUUUGCCAGGGCAGAAGAGUUCUUCAGAAUUCUUGCUUGCCUGAAGCAACUUUGCUGUCUCAUCUUGAGUUGUUUGGUGUGUCACACACUUGAUCCAGUGUAUCAGUUAAGUUACAGUUGAUUUCCUUCUUUCAGAAAAAGAUUACAGUU